UCUCUCCCUCUCUCACUCAUUCCCGAUCACCGCCAGAUCUUUAAAAGCUGGUGCUUUGCCGUGUCUUUCUCAAUCUCCAUUUGUGUCCUCUGGCACUGCAGGAGGACUCAGCCGGCAAAGCACCAAGGAAACCUACUGUUUCAGGAGCAGGACGAAGACGCAGGAAAGGGGAAAAGACAGAGUGAUAUCCAUCCAGAAAUAGCAUCGGCCACAUUUAACUGACAGGGGGUGACAGUGUGCAGAACCUGAGACCUGGACAGAAGAUGCCUCUCCUUUCUAACUUAACGGCCGUUGUGUUGCUGCUGAUUGCCCACUGCGGAUCGUGGGCAGGGGGAAGCCGCUGGGGCCCUUUCAAGGUCUGUCCCUCCUGCAAGGAUCCUCUGGGGGCAGGCCGGCCCCCGAGGGACCAUAAUGUUGCCGGCAGCACGACAGUUUUGGCUCAGGGGGAGCCGUGCGGUGUGUAUACCCUGAGCUGUGCCAAGGGGCUCCGCUGUGUGCCCCCGCCCAGGGAACACAGCCCCCUGCAGGCUCUGUUGCAGGGACGAGGCAUUUGUGCCAAGCACAUCAGAACUAGUCCCACUGAGAGGCCCCACCCCACAGGUCCGCAUCCCUCACACUUUGGCGACCUUGAAAAAGCACCCUGUCGCAAGCUGCUCAACAGUGUCCUGAGGGGUCUGGAGCUGACAGUCUUCCAGUCUGACCGCGACAUCUACAUUCCUAACUGUGAUACCCGGGGUUUCUACAGGAAAAAGCAGUGCCGCUCCUCCAAGGGCAUGCAGCGUGGCCACUGUUGGUGCGUAGAUGAGCUUGGCGCGCCAGUGCUUUCACAUGCCAGAGAGGACGGCCCUUUACCAUGCGAUGGGGAGUGAGGGAUGGGUCUACCCAAGUGCUCUGAGUCCGGAGAAGGAGGAGGAGGAGGUGUUGGAUGGUUGGAGGAGCUGGAGCACAGGGAGGAGAGGGCGGGUGGCUUUAGCAUGUGCUAGACACUGCCUGGACAGGAGGUAACAGGGAUAAACCACUCCCUAUGGGGGAAAUACAAACACAUUUGUGUCCUCUCUUUCUUUCUCUCUCUCUCUCUUGCAGCAAGAUAUACACUUUUAAGAUCAAGCAUCAGCAACAGUAACAUCUGCCUGAAUGUCAAACAGCUGCAGCAGCGUCCUUUGCCUCGCCUCAGUGACAUGCUGCUUGCUCACAUUAAUGCUCAGUGAACUGCCUCAGCGAUCCAAGUCGCGUUACUCCUUAAAAACAAAAGGAAAAAAAAAAGCCCCCGUAUUCCCUGACUCUUGUCCUGGCUUUUCUUUGCUUUUUCUUCCUUUUUCACUUUAGGAUAGCUGACACUGCCUGUGUUUGUUCUGAUCUCAGUGGGCUGAAAUACUGUUACGCAGGUGAUGUGACACAAAGCAUCUGAUUAAUGUGUCUCCCUCACCGUCCUCUCUUCCCCUCUCCAAAGAUACACUGAUAUCGCCAUAAAUGACAGAGAUAUUUCUUUUUUUUAUUAUUAUUAACUUAUUUUUGAGUAUGCAUUGCCCAUCAAUUACUGCUUGGAUCCUAUAGUAUCAAAUAUAUAUAGAUAUAUAAAAUACAUGUCAAGUCAGAAAAAUAAUAAGCGUAUGUGUCUGGAUGCGUUGGUUCAUUCUGACUGCUUAUUGGUUGUUUCUUUGUACAUAUGUUGGAUUUUUGUGGUCGAGUGUUUGUUCUGAAGUGGCAGACAAAAAGCUUACAGCUGUUACUCUUUUCAAAAAAAAGUUGUAAGGCAUAUUUUUCUACACGUCAGUAUAAUAUUUUAUAAUAUAUAUAAAUAUAUAUGAAUUGUUGAUUUAUUUAAUGAAGCUACAAUACAAUGCCAUGUAUUUUUAUAUUGUCAGCAGUUUUUUAUUUAAAUACAGAGAUUAUUUUAUUUCAUGUUGGGGGAAGGUGUUGUGCCCUAAAGACGCCUUUAGGGCCGUGAUCGUCAGUUCAUUCAUUAGAGCUCCAUUCAACUGCUGUACUUGACAUGUAACAGUUAUAAACAGAGGUGGGGCCAAGUUAUUACUACCAAAGUUCCAAGUAAUUAUUGUGUCUUUGUAGUCAAAUCCAAGUCCUACAGUUUAUUUUCAGGUCAUGCUGAGCUAUGUACGGGACUUGCAGCUUGUUCAGGGUGUUCCCUACAUUCUGCAUGUUGGCAGCUGGUAUAGGUGCACUAUUUCUGACUCUCUCUCACUCUGACAUUAAUGAGUGCAUCAAGUGAUCUCAAAUUAAAAUUCUCAAGUCCACUCGCAACUCAGUAUUCUAUUUAAAGUUGAGUCUCAUCUUUUCUCCUCUUCUAAUCUAAUCAAGUCAAGAGCCGAGUCGUCAACUAGAAGUCCGAAUUUUAAACCUUACCUUCCAGGUAAAAGAUUUUAACUGAGACAUCCCCAAAAGUCGCAAUUUGAACUUGUAAAGUCAGAGCAAAGAGACCAUACCCGACUUUCACAUAAUCAACAGUAGUUAAACAGUCUACUUUCACUGAUUUUAGCAGUCCUUUCUUAUUUACUUUUCAUGUAGUCCCUCCUACAUAGGGCUCUCAUGGUAACAAAUUUUGCCGGACAAUGAAUUGUCCCAGAAAUUUUCACAAUAAACAAUAUUUUUUUUCGGCUCUGACUCCAAAUUGCUCCAUCACUGCAGCUAACAUGUUCAGAUUUGAAACUGCAUUUUCCAAAUCUAGAUCCGUAUUUUUCUGGCCUGCUACUCCUCAGUCACUAUUACAGUGGCUACACUAAGGAAAGGAUAAGGGGAGGGAUGAGUGGAGACUGAUGUGAGACCUUUUUGUCAUCUAGACCCUUUAUUAGAUAGAGAGGGACACACAAUAAAAAAAAACAACAUACAAAGUUAAUUGAGCUCAUUUCAAUUUGUCAUGCAUUUAUUUAUUUUUUUAAAUCUUGCGAUGAAUUUAUAUAUUGUUUAUUAUGACAGGCCUAGUCUUACGAGUACUGCUUUUAAGUGUCUUUAAGACCAUAUUUUUCAAUGUUGUUUAUAUGCCCAAAACACAGUGCUAGAUCAGUGUUUUUGUUAUUGUUAUGAUUGUUGUUAAAGUGGCCAUAUAUAUUUGGAGAAUAGGAACAUCCACAUGGGGAACACUUUGAAUAUUACGUCACUCUGAUUUCCCUGUUUUGAGGUAAACCGAAUGCACCAUGAGACCAUUAAAGUCAUCGAGACAAAGUCCACACCUCUGUUUAUAAAUCAUGUUUAUCCUUUAAUUUUUCUUAUGUUUAUGCUUUUUUAAAAGUGGAUAAGAAUAAGAAUGUUAAUUCUUUGUUUUAUUUUUUUUUGCAAGUCAUGCUGUCAUUUUUGAUUUCAGUAAAAUAAAAGAAAAAAAUUGAAAAAGGGUCUGAUUUGUUAGUGUUAUGGUAUGUCUCUGCUGCGUCCUUGCAAAAGUCCCGAAAUCUGUGUGCUACUAAAAGAAAUUAAUCCUGUUUCUGACCAAUCUUGUUGUGCCAGUGUGUGUGCUGUGGUGAUGGGUCCGUACACAGAGGGCCUGUAAAACGUUUGCAAAUACAAAAAUAAAACUGACAGUAAAAAUG